CUUUUGGCCAAUCACCAACCACUCAUCCGUUGAACACAAAACAGAAAAAUCAAAUUUCAAUUUCAAUCUUCAACAACUACAAAUCCAAAACAUGUCGAAUCUCUGCACUCUUUCUUCUUCUUUCAUCUUCAACAAUAUUCAACCUUUCAAAUUCUGCAAUUCAACAAAGAAUCAUCAUCGCUGCAGAAAUUUGAAGCUCAAAAUGUGCUCCUCCUCCUCCUCCGUUCCUCAAAAGGCCACCGUUGUGGGUUGUGGAUCAGUCACCGUCGAUUUCUUGGCUACCGUUUCUGCUUACCCUAAACCAGAUGAUAAAAUCAGAACUACCAAUUUGAAGGUUCAAGGAGGUGGUAAUGCCGGCAAUGCUUUAACCUGCCUUGCUCGUUUAGGUCUAAACACAAGGCUCAUUUCUAAGAUUGCGGAUGACAGCCCAGGCAAGGGCAUAUUAGAUGAGCUACGCACUGAUGGUGUGGAUACAUCUUUUAUUGUGGUAUCUAAAGAGGGAACUUCACCAUUUACGUACAUUAUCGUGGACAAUGAAAUGAAGACUCGAACUUGUAUACAUACCCCUGGAUAUCCUCCAAUGAUACCCCAAGAUCUUUCAGAAUCAAGUUUGUUAUCUGCAUUGGAUGGAGCAAGCAUUGUAUAUUUUGAUGGGAGAUUGUAUGAAACUGCUCUAGUUGUUGCCCAUGAGGCAGCUAGGAAGAAUAUACCCAUCUUAAUUGAUGCAGAAAGGCCAAGGGAAGGGUUGGAUGAUCUCCUAGAAUUAGCUGAUUAUGUUGUAUGCUCGGCUAAAUUUCCAAAGGCAUGGACAGAGGCAUCAACUGUUCCACGAGCACUUGUUUCUAUCCUUUUAAGGUUGCCCAACGUAAAAUUUGUGGCUGUAACUUUGGGAAAAGAUGGUUGUAUACUGCUCGAGAGAAGUGUCAAUGCAAGUCCUGCCACAGAAGAAGUGGAUGUAGACAACUUAGUGGAAUCGCUGGAGUUAAGAAAGGAUAAGAGUGCAUCAAUUCCAACCUGCAUAUCAUCGUCAGUGGCAAAAUUAAAGGCAGAAGGAGUAGGAACGGUUAUCGGGAAAUUAUACGUCGGUACAGCUGAGAGCAUUCCACCCUCGGAGCUUGUUGAUACCACUGGUGCCGGGGAUGCAUUUAUUGGAUCUGUGAUAUAUGCUAUUUGUUCGAAGUUCUCACCAGAGACAAUGCUACCCUUUGCUGCUAAUGUGGCAGGUGCCAAGUGCAGAGAUCUAGGAGCACGAAGCGGUCUUCCAUACCGUGCAGAUCCACGCCUAGCAUCCUUUAUUCAGUAGAUUUUUCAGCAUUGAGCCAAUACAAGGGAUGUCUUCAGUGGGAUAUGUGACUGAAUUGUUUAUUGAUAGAGUUCAGGAUCUUUGAGAUUUACCCUCUUAGAAGUUUUGGUUUCUUCUGGAUAUUUGUUUUUUCACAUCUAAGUAAGGGAGAGGAGGGAAAGGACGUUCCCUGCUUCUAAUUUUUACUUUCAAUGAAGUUUCAAUCAUGGAUUGCAAAUUACAAUGAAGUCACAUGAUAGUUUUCUGUGUAUGUCGUCAGAGAACAGAAAAUUUGAAUAUGAAAUAAUUUAGUUAA